UGUGAAAAGAUGAAACUUUAUUUGUGGCCACUGUAUUAACUGAUACACAUGAUACAUUUUGAAGCAAAAAUCUGACCUUUCGUUGAUAUUUUGUUUUUUGUUAUCUUUCUAACGCUUAACGUUGAUGAGUUGAAAAUAUUUACUCGUCUUUCCAACAUUCGGUUUUCAGUUGAGUUAAUCAGUUCGAAUUCAUAGCAUUUACAAACCAUAACAUUACCACAGGAGAAUCAUGCAAUUUCUCUACUCCAAGAGCUUUCUUGUCGUAACAAUUUUAUUGGUUCAAUGGAUUUCAAAUGGAGACAGUGAAACAAUUUGUGAAAAUCGAGACGUAAAAUGUGGUCUCAGAUGCUACAACCCGUAUACACAAAGUUGCAUCAACGAUAAAAUUGUGUGCCCAAGCGGUAACAGAGCCUGUGGCAUUCAAUGUUACAAUCCACUUGUUCAAACCUGUCAUGAAGGUGGAAUAACUGGAGGACUGGUUUGCAAUAGCGGGGAGGGAGCAUGCGGUUACAAAUGCUACGAUCCACUUGCUCAAACGUGUCAUUCCCAGAGAACUGUUUGUGCUAUUGGGCAACAAGCUUGUGGUUUUAGAUGCUUCGAUUCUACUGCAAGUUGUACGACCAAGAGAACAGUAAAUUUUUGACGAGUUGCAGUUUUAUUUUCUAAGUGAAAAAUUAUGGUUUUCAAAAGUUAAC